ACAUAAGCUGUGAGUUGGGGCUGCAAUUGUAGUACUAAUACUAUAUGUAUGUUAUCUAAUUGCAUGCUAUACAAAAUCUAUGUGUGGGUUAGGAGAGUACUCGUGCAGCUCUUGAUUAGGGUCCAUCACUGUUAAAAUAUGAAAAUUAAUUUGGGGCUGUGUAACAUCAAACUCAAGUGUUGCGUGUCUGACGGGCUUGAAAAGUAAACACAACAAAGCAUGAAUUCCACUAUAUCUUAUCAAUUCUGAUAUAGUUAUCUUCUUCUUCUUCUACCAAUCAAAUGCCCAGAAUCCUUCCAGUGUGGAAUCAAAGUUUGAAUGGGCUUUGGAAGUAGUAUUCCUGCAAAUUAUAGAUUAUUGUAAGCGAGACACCCACCAACUGGUUUAAUCCAUUGACUGCUGAGUUUAUUCUAGAGUGCAUGGUGGAUCAUAACAGCACGAACGAAUUCCUCUGCAUAAGAGGUACCAUUGUAGUUUCUUUUACGAGGACAAACCCCUUAGCUUAGCUGCUUUCCGACGUACAAAUCCAAUAUGUAUAUAAUUUGCAGCUACUAGAAUUUGUGUUACAUGCAAGAAAUUGAAUUAGAUCAUGCGUUAACUACUUGAAUUUUAUUCCUUCUCGUUUGUAUCCGUGAUUCAGACGAGAAAUCGAUCUGAAGAAAAGUAUGGAGGGAUUUGUAAGGUGCAAAGUUUCAGCAUAGGAAGAGUCAACCAAGAUAAGAAAUCUGUGUAUUUUCUACGUAAUCCAAGUCUACUAGUGUAGAACAGGGAUUUUUUGCUGACUAAUGCAAAGGAUUAGAAAAAAACAAAUAGAUUAAAACCACUAUACUUAAUUAUUGCUAAGGUUGAAUUAUUUUCUUGUUAGGAUUGAUUAAAUACUCUGCUAGAAAUUUAGGGCAGGUUUACUGGAAAUUGGUUGUGCAAAUUACAAGAUUAUUAUAUACUCCACUCGACAGGAAUUUAGGGCUUGCUUUCUGAUUGGCUGCGAUUUAAAGAGAAUGUUUUAACCUUGAAAGGGCGAAAAGUCGGGUAUUAAGAAAGAGGCGUCAAAACGGCGCCGUUUGGAUAGCAUUGCUAGUCAACUACAUAGUGGGGGAAAGUCGGAAAGUUCUGCGUUAUUGGUUCACCUCCAAGACCAUUUCAACACCCACUGUUUAAGAAUUUUUAAAUACAAAGAAAGUAAAAUAUCUAUCCAAAAGUCUCCUACAAAAUUUCUUCGCCAUAGUCCAUUAACGUGUUUGAUCAAAACAAUUGAAUUGUCAGAACCAAACUAGAAAAAUUAAACACAAGUAGAUCAAGACAUAACUGGUUUCCAUUUCUCUUUCAAAUUAAGCUUCAUUUUUUUUUUCAUGGAUCAUGUCACCACGCUCUUGCUUUUCUUUCUCCAUCUUCUUCUCUUCAAAGCUGCUCAUUCCACAUGUCAAGAAUCCUUUCUGUGUGGACAUUAUAAUCUGAGUUUUCCAUUUACUAAAGCUGGUAAUUCGGGCUGCGGAUUGAUCACCGUUGAUGGCUGUGAUUCUGAUCCUCCAUAUCCAGUAAUUCAUUUAGGUGGUGGAAAUCUUGGUUAUUAUAUUUUGGAGAGUAACACACCAAACAAAGUCUUGAUUUCUGAUUUUCAGCUUGAAGCUCAACUGAAGAACCGAAGCUGCUUUACUUUCAUGAAUCAAUCUAUGCUUCGAUCUCCUUAUAUUUCAAUCUCAUUCUCUCCUAAUCUCACCUUGUACCCCUGCUUCGCCCAACCUGAUACUAACAAAUCUAAAUUAGAUGAACAUUUCGAAAACUAUAGCAAGAUAGAUUGUAUCUCCACCGUGUACUAUAGAAUCCCAACAGCUGAUGAUUCUUCUUCCGAGAAAAUUGAAAUUCCUCAAGAGUGUUCACUGGUGCAGCUACCUCUGAAUUCUAGUGGAGACUCGGGUGAUUUGUUCAAUAUGAUAACUGCUAACUUUAGUCUAGAAUGGACUGUUUCUGAAGAAUGCCUUAGUUGUUUCCAUGGAGGAGGCCAGUGCCUCACUGCCAACAAUAACCAAUUCUACUGCAAAAAAGAAAAUAGGUUGACGGUGAUAUUAUUAGCUUCAUUGAUACCUGGAGUUGCAAUCCUUGUCUUGCUUGGCGGCUGCAUAUUUUGGUUACGAAAGAAAAAGAUGGGUGGCGCCUACCUUCUCUCAAGAAACCUUUCCUACGAUCCCUCCUCAAAAUCGGAUAUCGAAGAUGGAAGCUUCAACUUCGGCGUUCCUAUCUUCUCCUACACAGAGCUGGUGGACGCCACCGGCAACUUCGACCCAUCUAAAGAACUGGGAGAUGGAGGCUUCGGCACCGUCUACUACGGCAAGCUCCGCGACGGCAGGGAAGUCGCGAUCAAGCGCCUCUACGAGCACAACUACCGACGAGUGGAGCAGUUCCUGAACGAGAUCAAGAUCCUCACCAGUUUGAGGCACCCCAACCUGGUGUCCCUCUACGGCUGCACCUCGAGGCGGAGCCGCGAGCUCCUCCUCGUGUACGAGUACAUCCCCAACGGCACUGUGGCGGACCACCUCCACGGCGAGAGGGCCAGCGAGGCGCCCCUGACGUGGGGCGUGAGGAUGAGCAUUGCUAGAGAGACGGCCACGGCGCUGGCCUAUCUACACAAGUCCGACAUAAUCCACCGCGAUGUGAAGACCAACAACAUUCUGCUAGACAGCAACUUCUCCGUCAAAGUAGCGGAUUUCGGGCUGUCGAGGCUGUUCCCGAUCGACGUGACCCACAUCUCGACGGCGCCGCAGGGCACCCCGGGGUACGUGGACCCGGAGUACCACCAGUGCUACCAGCUGACGGACAAGAGCGAUGUGUACAGCUUCGGAGUGGUGCUGAUCGAGCUCAUCUCGUCCAUGCCGGCCGUCGACAUAAGCAGGCAUAAGCACGAGAUCAACCUGGCCAGCCUCGCCGUCAACAAGAUUCAGAGGUGCGCCUUUGACGAGCUGAUUGAUCCUUUCACGGGGUACAACUCCGACGCGGAGGCCACCAGGAUGACCACGUCGGUGGCGGAGCUGGCAUUCCGGUGCCUGCAGCUCGACAAGGAUAUGAGGCCAUCCAUGGAGGAGGUGGUGGCGUUUCUGCACGAUAUUCACACUGGGGGGGAUUGCGACUUCGAUCAGGUCAAAGGGGGUGCUCGUGAUUUGCAAGGGAAGAUACCGCCGUCGCCGGAGACGGAUGAGGUCGUGUUGCUCAAGAGUAGGAUUUAUCAGUCGUCGCCUACUGCUGUUACGGAUACGUGGAUUAGUAGUGACUCUACUACAGCCAGUUCUGUUGGCUGAUUUUUGUAUCUUAAUUUGUGUGUUAGGGGAUAUCAUGAUAUAUAUAUAAAUAUAUGAAUGGUUUAUAUAUUCUUUCUUUA